GUUUGGGUUUCUUAGGGGCGCGGAGGAGGCUGGUGUUACUGUUCUUAGGGCGCCGAGGGGCAUGAGUCGGAAUAAGGCCAAUGCGUCGAAGUGGAUGCCUAAGAAUAAGUGUUUGAAUUGGUCGGUGGAAUGGAUUGCCUCCGAUGGAGAGAAGAGGAUUAGACUCUGCUUGGAGUCGUCGACUCUUGCUGAGGCUUACGAUCGGUCUUUUCCUUUGUCGAAGGAGGAGCGCGAACAGAAGAAGAAAGAUCAGGAAAGCAAGUCGGAAGAAGUGGAUGUCAAUUCGUCUGAACAACUACCUGAUACACGCGACCCUACUCCAUCUACCGCAGAAGCUACGCCUCAGGAAACGCCUAAGGAAGCCGUGCUUCCCAACCCUGAAAGCGAGACAAGACCGGACAUCACGCCGCAAGACCAGCCUACGCAAUCCACAGAUAAGAUUACCUCCCACCGCAACCUCUACUUCUAUCUCCAUCGCCCGCGGACGAGUACGAAACAGCCGGUGCUUGUCCCUCUCUCGCCCACUGCCACUCUUACCUCCGCUCUGCGCGACCGCACCGUUCUAGAAUUCCCGACUAUCUAUAUACUGUCAGACUCACCGGAUGCUUUGUCAUCGGAGGAAGAGAAUGCAAAGUUCCUUCUCGAGAAAGACUAUCUACGCAUGCAGCCACAAGGUGAAACCGAGUCGGGAGAAACCUCCGAGGCAGAUGGCGAGCAACUGGCACCCGGGUCUGUGGAUAUCUCCAAUGUAGAUGAGAAAAGGGUCUUGGAGGUACUGCAAAAAGAUCUAUUGGAGCCCGUUUAGACCGCAGGAUGUUGAUGCUUGCGGAAAUUGGUUAUGAAGGAAUCACUUAUUUCAAACGGGACUGGGUUAACCUGAUCUUGGUUGUCAAUUGUUAAAUAUUCAGUACCUGACUUCGGCGGUGGGCAACGGUUUAAUAAAACUUAUACGAGUGGGUCCAGUUUAAGCGGUUGACACGCGAUGUAGACUGCGGCCAGCGGAAGAGAUUUGGUCCAGAUACGUAGAACGUCUCAACUCGUAGGAUCGAGAC